AUGGGUGCGUGGCUGACAAGCCUGAAGCAGACACUUGGUCUGCUACCAGCAGACCGCAAAAUUCGUGUCUUGAUGCUCGGCCUGGACAACGCCGGAAAAACUUCAAUUCUCUAUCGACUGCACCUCGGUGAUGUGGUGACCACCGUCCCCACUGUAGGUGUCAACCUGGAAACUCUUCAGUACCGAAAUAUCUCCUUUGAGGUGUGGGACCUUGGCGGCCAAACUGGCGUGCGACCAUACUGGCGCUGCUACUUCAGCGACACAGACGCCAUCAUCUACGUAGUCGACAGCACCGACAAGGACCGCAUGGGCAUCGCCAAGCAUGAACUCUACGCUCUGCUAGAUGAGGACGAGCUCAAAAAGAGUCUCUUGCUCAUAUUCGCCAACAAACAGGAUCUACCAGAAGCCGCCAGUGAGGUGGAGAUUGCCAAUCAACUUGGCGUGUCGUUUAUCAUGAACCAUACAUGGACGAUUGUGAAGAGCAGUGCCAAGACAGGUGAUGGUUUGGUCGAGGGUAUGGACUGGCUCGUGGAGAGGCUUCGCGAGAAAGGGCUUGGCGCUCAGUGA